UGCAUGAUACAGUAACUUUAUGGAAUAAUAUCUUUCAUUACGUUGAUGAUAGGACAACGUCAGUAUUCACUAUAGUGAUCAUUACAUAAUAUUGUACCAGAUUUAAAAUUUAAAUAUUUCCGGCGAAAUGGAUAACUCAAAGAAUUUUACUGUGGAAAAUAAUGUUUAUAAAGGUAGAAUAUCGUCUUAUAUUCCUAAUUAUAAGAAUCUUGGAGAAAUAAUAUGGUCAAAAAUUAAUAGCAAUGCAGAUAAAAUUGCACACUUGGAUGCAUGUACUGAGAAAGUAGUUACGUACGCAAAGCUACAAGACAAAAUCGUGAGAUGCGCAUUGUGGCUUCAAAAACAAGGAAUCAAAUCUGGCGAUGUUGUUAGCGUGUGCACAAAUAAUCAUCUGAAUUCUAUCGUGCCCUGCUUAGCGGCAAUUUAUGUUAAUGCGAUCUUUAAUCCAUGGGAUGAAAAUAUGAAUUUGAAAACCUCGCUGCAUGUCAUGCGCCUAACUACUCCGAAAAUAAUAUUCUGCAGCGAGAAAUCCGUAAACGUUAUCUUGAGUACGAUAAAUGAAAUUGAUUACAACCCCACUGUUGUGGUUUUUGGCAAUCAUUCCGACGCAAUUUCAUUUUCUGAUAUUUUGAAUAUGUAUAUGGAUUCAGAAGUGGCGAAUUUUCGAUAUAUCGAGCCGGAAGACAUCAAGCAAACGGUAUGUAUCAUGCAUUCGUCAGGUACUACGGGGAUGCCGAAAGGAGUCGAAAUAUCCAAUUACUGUCUCUUACACAUCAGCGAGGUUAAACGUAAGGUGUGUCAAAUUAAUGAGGUGUUAAUUUGGUUCACAUCGCUUUAUUGGAUAAGCGGAAUAAUAAUGAAUCUAACAGCGAUCGCACAGGGUGCCAAAGUUAUUCUAUAUCCGGAAUUCGAUGAAGAAAUGACAUGUCGGCUGAUCGAGAAAUAUAAGAUAACAAUGAUGAUCUUAAACACGAGUAUGGUUAAUCGGUUUCUUCAAGCGGGUUACAUAAAGAAGUAUUCCUUAUCAUCUUUAAAAUUUCUAAUCUGUAUUGGUUCCAUAUUGAAGUCAAAAACACAGGAAGAAAUAAAAUGUAUUUUACCGCAUGUUCAAAUAUUACAAGGUUACGGAAUGACAGAAAUAUGUAGAAUUGGAACUUUGCAGCUUUCGAAUCAUAAGAACGGGUCUUGCGGGACAGUAGCCGAAAAUACGCAAAUAAAGAUUGUAGAUCCAGAAAGUGGAAAGGUUCUUGGCCCGAAUAAUCCAGGAGAAUUGUGCAUAAAAACAAUGACCUUAAUGAAUGGUUACUACAGGAAUCCUGAAGCGACAAAAAGCAUUAUUGAUGAAGAAGGAUGGCUGCAUUCGGGUGACAUCGGUUAUUUCGAUGAAGACGGAGAACUCUUUAUUAUUGAUAGAAUAAAAGAGCUUAUAAAAUAUAGAGGAUAUCAAAUCUCACCUGCAGAAAUAGAAGCUGUUUUAAUGUCACAUCCAGCAGUGCUAGAUGCUGCAGUAAUCGGGGUACCUCAUGCAAUGGAUGAUGAACAUCCUAUCGCUUAUGUCACUAAAAUGCCCGGAGCCCAGGUGACGGAGCAAGAAUUGAUAGACCUAGUAGCGAAUAACAUGACGGAUCAAUAUCAACUUCGUGAUGGAGUGAUAUUUUUGGAUACUUUUCCAUAUACAGGUUCCGGAAAAAUCGCCAAAAAAGAAUUGAAAGCAAUGGCAAAAAAGCUAGCAUUUAAUUUAAAACUCUCCAAUUUCUCCAGUAAAAUGACUACAAAUGAUUCAAGGUCUUUUACUGUGAAAAAUAACGUUUAUAAAGGAGAAAUAACUACAUCUAACCGCAAGAGUAUUGGAGAAAUGAUGUGGAAUAAAAUUAAAAGUCAUAGAGAUAAAAUCGUGCAUUUGGAUGCAUGCACUGAACAAGUAGUUACAUAUGCGGAAUUACAAGACAAAGUCAUAAGAUGUGCGUUGUGGCUACAAGAACAAGGAAUCGAAUCUAAGGAUGUUGUCACUGUAUGCACAAGUAAUCAUUUUAAUACCUUCGUGCCCUGUUUGGCAGCAAUUUAUGUCAACGCAAUCUUUAAUCCGUGGAACGAAAACAUGGACUUGCAAAACAUAUUGCAUGUCAUGCAGCUUACUACUCCGAAAGUAAUAUUCUGCAGUGAGAAAUCCGUAAACGUUAUCUUGAGCGCGAUAAAAGAGAGCGAUCACAAUCCUACCGUUGUAAUUUUCGGCGAUCACUUCAAUGCAAUUUCGUUUUCUGAUAUUUUGAGCAUGUACAGUGAUGAUAAAGUGGCGACUUUUCAAUAUGUCGAGUGCAACGAUAUGCGAAAGACAAUGUGCAUCAUGCAUUCGUCAGGCACUACGGGAAUGCCGAAGGGCGUUGAAUUAUCUAAUUACUGUUUAUUGCACAUCAGUGAGGAUAAAAAUAUAUAUUUGACCGAUGCAGUAGCGAUUUGGUUUUCAUCACUAUAUUGGAUAACCGGGAUAAUGAUGAAUUUGAUGGCAAUCGCACAAGGUGCCAAAAUAAUCCUUUAUCCGGAAUUUGAAGAAGAAGCGAUAUGUCCAUUAAUCGAAAAAUAUAAGAUAACUAUGGCUUUUCUAAGUACAAAUAUGAUUAACCGACUUCUCAGAACGGAUCAUAUAAAGAAAUUUUCAUUAUCAACUUUAAAAGUCAUACUCUUCGGUGGUGCUGUAAUUAAAUCGAAAGUGCAUGAAGAGAUAAGAUGUAUUUUAUCACAUGUUCAAAUAUUACAAGUGUUUGGAAUGACAGAAUUCGGAUUCUGCGCAAUGCAAUGUUCAAAUCAUAAGAAUGGAUCUUGUGGAACAGUACUUCAGGAUGCACAAUUAAAAAUCGUGGAUGUAGAAAAUGGAAAAACUCUUGGCCCAAAUAACUUGGGAGAAUUGUGGAUAAAAACACCGACUUUAAUGAAUGGUUACUAUAGAAAUUCGGAAGUCACAAAAAGUACAAUUGAUAACGAAGGAUGGUUGCAUUCCGGUGACAUUGGUUAUAUCGAUGAAGAUGGAGAACUUUUUGUUAUAGACAGAAUAAAGGAUCUUAUAAAAUACAGAGGAUAUCAAAUCUCACCUGGAGAAAUCGAGAAUGUUUUAAUGUCACAUCCAGCAGUAUUGGAAGUUGCAGUAAUAGGGGUGCCUCAUGCAACAAACGAUGAACAUCCUAUUGCUUUCGUCACUAAGAUACCGGGAGGCGAGGUGACAGAACAAGAAUUAAUAGACUUAGUGGCAGAUAACAUGAUGGAUCAAUACAAACUUCGUGCUGGAGUGAUAUUUCUGAAUGCAUUACCACGUACAAAUUCAGGAAAAAUUGCGAAGAAAGAAUUAAGAGCUAUGGCUAAGAAAUUAAUUUUAAAGCAAAAGGAUAAAUUAUAAUUACAUUUUUCAUAAUUAUUGACAAUUUCACAAUUAUAAUGAAAAUUUUAAAUUUGUUACAUCCUAACUUAAAAAAAAAAUGAUAACUGAAACGUAUACUUAGACUCGAGUUUUUGUUAAAGAACGCUUU